GCCCACCGAGGGCGAGGUAGGCCCCGAAGCCUGCUCUCGCUGCCCAGGGCCCAGGCGUCUUGGGCCCCCCAGCUGCCUGCCGGGCUGACCGGCCCCCCGGUUCCUUGUCUCCCCUCCCAGGGGGAGGCCCCCGCUGAGAUGGGGGCGCUGCUGCUGGAGAAGGAGCCCCGAGGAGCCGCCGAGAGAGUUCAUAGCUCUUUGGGGGACACCCCUCAGAGUGAGGAGACCCUUCCCAAGGCCAACCCCGACUCCUUGGAGCCUGCCGGCCCCUCCUCUCCGGCCUCUGUCACUGUCACCGUCGGCGAUGAGGGGGCUGACACCCCUGUCGGGGCCGCAUCACUCAUCGGGGACGAACCCGAGAGCCUGGAGGGAGAUGGGGGUCGCAUCGUGCUGGGCCAUGCCACAAAGUCGUUCCCCUCUUCCCCCAGCAAGGGGGGUGCCUGUCCCAGUCGGGCCAAAAUGUCAAUGACAGGGGCAGGAAAGUCGCCCCCCUCGGUCCAGAGUUUGGCCAUGAGGCUGUUGAGCAUGCCCGGGGCCCAGGGAGCUGCAACUGCUGGGCCUGAACCCUCUCCGGCAACAACUGCCGCCCAGGAGGGGCAGCCCAAAGUGCACCGAGCCCGGAAAACCAUGUCCAAACCUAGCAACGGACAGAUUUAUGGGAGUUCCCUGUCGCUGUCUUCAGACACACCAGAAGAGGGCAUCAGAUCUCAUUACACAUGGUCGUGAGCCACCAUGUAGUUGCUGGGAUUUGAACUCAGGACCUCUGGAAGAGCAGUCAGUGCUCUUAACCCUGAGCCAUCCCUCCAGCCCUUCGGAUAGCUUUGUUUGUUUGUUUUUUUUUUGUUUGUUUGUUUUUUAAUGUAUGUGAAUACACUGUACAGAUGGUUGUGAGCCUUCAUGUGGUUGUUGGGAAUCGAACUCUUAGGACCUCUGCUCCCUCUGGUCAACCCUACUCACUUCAGUCAGCCCCACUAGCUCUGGCCCAAAGCUUUACUUACUUUUAUAUGUAAGUACACUGUAGCUGUCUUCAGACGAACCAGAAGAAGGCAUCAGAUCCCAUUACACAUGGUCAUGAGCCACCAUGUGGUUGCUGGGAUUUGAACUCAGGACCUUCAGAAGGGCAGUCAGUGCUCUUAACCACUAAGCCAUCUUGCCAGUCCCCCAGAUAGCAUUUUUGAGGUACAGCCAGCCACAAUACUCCCACCUGGGCCCCAGGCUGAGGGAACAGACCCAUAACUUUAAUUUGGUGGCUCACUUAUUUCACUUAGCACAGUGCCUUCAAGUUUCCUCUAUGUUGUAUAUUUCCAGGCUCCCUUUUUGUCCUUGGGUGUUCUGUUUGUUUUUGAGAUAGGGUCUCACUCACUCUAUAGCCCUAGCUGGCCUGGGUCUCGGAUCCGCCUGCCUCCCGGAGUGCUGGAAUGAAAGGUGUAGCCCACCACACCUAGCCUGGGUGAGUAACCUUCUGACUGAAACGUGUUCCUUCCUGCUUCAGCCUCCAAUCCCUGAGAAGCGGCCCCCUGAAGUCCAGCAUUUCCGCAUGAGUGAUGACAUGCAUCUGGGGAAGGUGACUUCAGAUGUGGCCAAAAGGAGGAAGCUGAACUCUGGUAGCCUGUCCGAGGACUUGGGCUCUGCCGGGGGCUCAGGAGAUAUAAUCCUGGAGAAGGGAGAGCCCAGGCCCCUGGAGGAGUGGGAGACGGUGGUGGGCGAUGACUUCAGCCUGUACUAUGAUGCGUACUCUGUGGAUGAGCGGGUGGACUCUGACAGCAAGUCUGAAGUCGAAGCUCUAGCUGAACAGUUGAGUGAGGAGGAGGAGGAGGAAGAGGAGGAAGAAGAAGAAGAGGAGGAGGAGGAGGAAGAGGAGGAGGAGGAAGAAGAGGACGAGGAGUCGGGCAAUCAGUCAGACAGGAGCGGUUCUAGUGGCCGGCGCAAGGCCAAGAAGAAAUGGCGGAAAGACAGCCCGUGGGUGAAGCCAUCUAGAAAACGGCGGAAACGAGAGCCUCCGAGGGCCAAGGAGCCAAGAGGAGUGAAUGGUGUGGGUUCCUCAGGGCCCAGUGAGUACAUGGAGGUUCCUCUGGGGUCCCUGGAGCUGCCCAGCGAGGGGACCCUCUCCCCCAACCACGCUGGGGUCUCCAAUGACACGUCUUCACUGGAGACAGAACGCGGGUUUGAGGAGCUGCCCCUCUGCAGCUGCCGCAUGGAGGCUCCCAAGAUUGACCGCAUCAGCGAGAGAGCAGGGCACAAGUGCAUGGCCACAGAGAGUGUGGAUGGAGAGCUCCUGGGCUGCAAUGCUGCCAUCCUUAAGCGGGAGACCAUGCGGCCGUCUAGCCGCGUGGCGCUGAUGGUGCUCUGUGAGGCCCAUCGAGCCCGCAUGGUCAAGCACCAUUGCUGCCCGGGCUGCGGCUACUUCUGCACAGCGGGCACCUUCCUGGAAUGCCACCCCGACUUUCGUGUAGCUCACCGCUUCCAUAAGGCCUGCGUAUCCCAGCUCAAUGGGAUGGUCUUCUGUCCCCACUGUGGAGAGGAUGCCUCAGAGGCCCAGGAGGUGACCAUUCCUCGGGGCGAUGGGGGAACACCCCCAAUUGGCACCGCAGCUCCUGCUCUGCCACCCCUGGCACAUGAUGCCCCAGGGCGAGCGGAUACCUCCCAGCCUAGCGCCCGAAUGCGAGGGCAUGGAGAGCCGCGGCGCCCGCCCUGUGAUCCCCUGGCUGACACCAUCGACAGCUCAGGGCCUUCACUGACUCUGCCUAAUGGGGGCUGCCUCUCCGCUGUGGGUCUGCCCCCAGGGCCGGGCAGGGAAGCCCUGGAAAAAGCCUUGGUCAUCCAGGAGUCUGAGAGCCCACCUUCUCCCCCUCCAUCCCCUGACAGGCGGAAGAAGCUGCGAUUCCACCCACGGCAGCUGUACCUGUCGGUGAAGCAGGGGGAGCUGCAGAAGGUGAUCCUUAUGCUGUUAGACAACCUGGACCCCAACUUCCAGAGCGACCAGCAGAGCAAGCGCACGCCCCUGCACGCGGCCGCCCAGAAGGGGUCGGUAGAGAUCUGUCAUGUGCUGCUGCAGGCAGGAGCCAACAUCAAUGCCGUAGAUAAGCAACAACGCACGCCACUAAUGGAGGCCGUGGUGAACAACCACCUGGAGGUGGCACGCUACAUGGUGCAGUUAGGUGGCUGUGUCUACAGCAAGGAAGAGGAUGGCUCCACCUGUCUACAUCAUGCAGCCAAAAUUGGGAACUUGGAAAUGGUCAGCCUGCUACUGAGCACAGGACAGGUGGACGUCAAUGCCCAGGACAGUGGGGGCUGGACGCCCAUCAUCUGGGCAGCCGAGCACAAGCACAUCGAUGUGAUUCGUAUGCUGCUGACCCGGGGUGCCGAUGUCACCCUGACUGACAAUGAGGAAAACAUCUGCCUGCACUGGGCCUCCUUCACGGGUAGUGCCGCCAUCGCUGAGGUCCUUCUGAAUGCCCAGUGUGAUCUCCAUGCUGUCAACUACCAUGGGGACACGCCCCUGCACAUAGCCGCCAGGGAGAGCUACCAUGACUGUGUUCUGUUGUUCCUGUCUCGUGGAGCCAACCCUGAGCUUCGGAACAAAGAAGGAGACACGGCAUGGGAUCUGACCCCAGAGCGCUCUGAUGUGUGGUUUGCACUGCAGCUCAAUCGAAAGCUUAGGCUUGGGGUAGGGAACCGGGCUGUCCGCACCGAGAAGAUCAUCUGCCGGGACGUAGCCCGAGGCUAUGAGAAUGUACCCAUCCCCUGUGUCAAUGGUGUGGAUGGGGAGCCGUGCCCGGAGGACUACAAGUACAUCUCUGAGAACUGCGAGACAUCGACCAUGAACAUCGACCGCAACAUCACCCAUCUGCAGCACUGCACGUGUGUGGAUGACUGCUCCAGCUCCAAUUGCCUAUGUGGUCAGCUCAGUAUCCGAUGCUGGUAUGACAAGGACGGGCGGCUGCUCCAGGAGUUUAACAAGAUCGAGCCCCCCCUGAUCUUUGAGUGUAACCAGGCAUGCUCCUGCUGGAGAAGCUGCAAGAACCGCGUGGUGCAGAGCGGCAUCAAGGUACGGCUGCAGCUCUACCGGACUGCCAAGAUGGGCUGGGGGGUCCGAGCCUUGCAGACCAUCCCCCAGGGCACGUUCAUCUGCGAGUAUGUAGGAGAGCUGAUCUCUGAUGCCGAGGCUGAUGUGAGAGAGGAUGAUUCUUACCUCUUCGAUUUAGAUAACAAGGAUGGCGAGGUUUACUGCAUUGAUGCCCGUUACUAUGGCAACAUCAGCCGAUUCAUUAACCACCUGUGUGACCCCAACAUCAUCCCUGUCCGGGUUUUCAUGCUGCACCAAGAUCUACGGUUCCCACGCAUUGCCUUCUUCAGCUCCAGGGACAUCCGGACUGGGGAGGAGCUGGGCUUUGACUACGGUGACCGAUUCUGGGACAUCAAGAGCAAGUAUUUCACCUGCCAGUGUGGCUCUGAGAAGUGCAAGCAUUCAGCGGAGGCCAUCGCCCUGGAGCAGAGCCGCCUGGCCCGGCUGGACCCCCACCCGGAGCUGCUCCCUGACCUCAGCUCCCUGCCCCCCAUCAACACCUGAGGACUCUUAAAAUCCAGGCCGGGCACUGCCCUUCAGACAUUUCUCCAUCAGAGACCCCAGUAAGGCCUGGAAGGUCGAUGGCCCCUCUCCCAGAGCUGGUUUCUCACUGGGAGUGCAAGUGACUUCAGGGCUGGCCUUCCCCACUGAGCCUGGCCUCAGUUAGCUGAUUGAAGUUGGGCCUCUGCCAGCUGAUUUUCUGUGUUCUCAAUAAAUGUUGGGUUUGGUAAUAAA